CAAAAGUUUAUUUAAAAGUGAACUAAUCCUUUAAUAAUAUUAAAUAUAAUAUAAUAUAAUAUUAAAUAAAUCUUAAUAACAUUUAAUAAAAAUAUUAAAAUAAAUCAAAAGGCCAAAACACAUAUGCAUGCAUGUAUAGGGAGAAUUCAGGUUGAUUGGGACACUUUUUGCUAUUGAGAUGACUGGGAAAAAGUACAGAACAAGCUAAAUAAACACUCAGAUAACACAACAAGAGAACAAUAGUUCAAAUGUUUGUAUCGAUUUUUUUUUUAAAGUUGAAGAAGAAAAAUCCACAACACCCAGUAGGUUGUAGAAGAAAGGUUAAAGUGCUCAAAAGUAAAAGGGGUGAUUAAAGGAUGGAGUUUACUGCCCUCCAGCGUUUGAAUAAUGAAGUGCAAUAAAACGUUAAACGACCUUUGAGCUUUAGAAACAGACGCUCUAAACUUUCUAGAAAUAUUAUUUUUUAUAUUCAAUACAAAAGGUAUUUACUUCAGUUACAUUCCGUUUGAGAAAUUAAAAUAUCCAAAUGUCAUGUCUCUGUCAUUUCAGAAAUUAAAAUAUCCAAAUGUCAUGUCUCUGUCAAUUAAGUUGUUUCAAUCAAUGUUCAUUGUUUGCUUAUUAUAAUAUAACAUAACAUACUUUUUAUGUACUGUAGGUUUUUUGACAGCACUGUGAAGUUGACUAUUUGGUAGUUAUUCAUGCCAGAAAGUUUGUAAAACAUUGAUUACAGUUUACAAUAAAUAAACUAAAUGGAUUCUGAACUUUCUAUUAGUUCUGGUCGCUCUCUCUCUCUCUCUCUCCGACUGUCUCUAUUCAUUCUCUCUUUAUCACCUCAGUACCCCUUCAAUCAGGCUUUGCCUGCGCCCCCUCAGUCCUCCCCCUUCUCAGCUAGUUGUGUCAGACACAUUUUUCAGUGUCCAGCAGCAAGUGAUUUUCUCGUUCAUUUGUCCUUUUCUUCUUCUGAUUCUCUCUCUCUUCAUGGUGUAACUCUUCAUCUUCUUCUGUGGCAUGUGAUGGCCUCUCUCUUCCACAAUUCAGCUUACUGGACCAAUUCAUUCAGAUACAAAAAAGGACCAAGAAUUAUUUUUUCUUUGUGAAUGUUUUUGUAUACAUACAUUUUUUCAAGCCGUUCAGCUACUUACUUUUUAAUACUUGGAUUUUCACCAUUUCUACAUUUUUACUGGUGUGUCUAGACCAGCUUUCUCAUUGUGUGAGUGUGUAGCCUGUGGAGAGGAGGGUGAAAGCAUGGACCUUGUCUGGAUAACAGUGUCUCUUUCUCUCUUUUUAAAGUGUGUGGAGUGCUCAGGAACUGCAAAAGAAUGGACAUAUGCAGGUGCAGUGGGACAGCCAGAAUGGGCUGAGUUUUUUCCUGACUGUGGUGGUUCUAGUCAGUCACCCAUAAAUUUGGACACAUCGCAAACACAACAUGACCCAACGCUAAUCCCUGUGCAGCCCCUGGGAUACAACCAGCCUGGUAACAGACCAUUCACCCUCUCCAAUAAUGGCCAUACAGUGCAGAUGACAUUGCCACAUUGGAUGGGCUUGGCUGGGUUGCCAUGGCAUUAUAGUGCUGUACAGCUGCACUUGCACUGGGGUAAUGGAGUGGGCGUAGCUACAGGAAGUGAACACACCAUUAAUGGACAGAGCACUUCCGCAGAGCUCCAUAUUGUCCAUUACAAUGCAGAGGUUUAUGCUAAUAUGUCACAAGCUAAGACCCAAGAGAACGGCCUGGCUGUGUUAGGGAUCCUAAUUGAGGCAGGCGAAGAGAUUAAUCAGGCAUAUGGUAGUAUUCUCAACUAUCUGGGCCGCAUCAGAUAUGCAGGCCAAAAGGUGGCUAUCCCUGCAUUUGAUAUACAGGCACUGCUGCCUGACAACCUCAGCCAAUAUUUCCGCUACAAUGGCUCACUCACUACUCCACCCUGCCACCAGAGUGUCCUCUGGACCAUCUUCAAUGAAAGGGUGAAAAUCUCUCAUUCACAGCUAAUGAAAUUAGAGACAGUGUUGUACUCCAGCAAGGCAGAAGAAGCAGAGCCCAUGGUUCUCCAGGAUAACUACCGUGCCACCCAGCCACUUAACCACAGAACUGUCCUGUCCUCUUUCAUUCCUGUCUCAGUUAAAAUUUAUACUGCAGGUGAAAUCACAGCGAUUGUGAUGGGGUCUCUGUGCGGAUGUAUAGGUCUGGCAGUUAUUAUCUACUUCACUGUGAAAACCAUUCGCUUAACGUCGAGCUGGGAUGUCCUUCCAAGUAUCCGACCUGCUCCUCAGCCCAGAACACAAAAUGUGGCAAAAGAACACAAACAGGAUAUGGCUUUAAAGAUUACUUCUAACCCAAGAAAACCAGAGGAAGAUGCCCCUCAGCCUGAAUCUUGAUUCUUAAUCUUCUAUGUGUAUCUUGGCCUUUUUGUCUUGUGAAAGUGCAUGAGAAAAUAUAUACUUUUAACUGUGUCUACAACUAUCUUCUUCUCAUUUCUUAGUAAAUGGUCAUUUUAAAUCCUUUUUCUUAAUUUGCACCUUUUUCUCUGUUAUAUCAUGGUUCAGGUUAGGGAUUCUGUAUGGCUCUCACAGUGUGUGGUUUUGUUGAGAUACUUAAUCACUUUUGCAUUCUCUUCACCAGUUAGCCUUUAUUAAAAUGACCUCUUAUGACUGUGAAUUUCACCUGUAAAUACUAUAAAUAAAUGAGAUUACUGAAAUUCUA